GUCCUGUAGCCAACCUGUUAAUCAUUUUCCUGGCUGAACUGCAACAUCCCCCAGUUGCCUACCUUCUGGGUGUUGGGGUGGGAAUCUGGGGUCUGUCCCCCUUCUUUGGAUUUUCUGCUUUUCUCCCACUGCCCCCAGCACAGUGGACAUAGGGCAAGGAUGUUAUGCUGGGAGUGAAGCAAAUGAUUGUGCAGUUACUGGGAAGAAAGGAUUUUGUUGUGAGUUGAUUUUUGCCUUCCCCAGUACACUAUACACACAAGAAUCCUAACACAGGAGACUAUUACCUAUGGUAACAUUACAUAACCAUAGAUUGAUCAUUACAUCCAUCCACACCAUUAUGAAAACCUGUAUUCAUCAAGCACUGACAGUGCCCAGACCCUUAGGUUCCUAAGCACUUCCCAACAUUGCCCCAUAUACUCAGACCAAGAAAGCAGGUAUUAUUUUUAUCCCCAAUAUACAGAUGAACAGGCAGGUUGUGUCAGGUAAUGUGGCAUGUGGCAGAGUGAGGAUUGACAUCUAGGUAAGCCAAUUCCAUUGCUUUAGUGCCUAAACCAUGGGCUUUAUAGCACUUGCAGCUUUGACUUCAGCUGGCCCUUCUGCCCUCACCACAGAAUUUAACUUGCCUGAAGCAAAAAAUUCAUUUUCAAGUGGUGAGCAAAUCACCUUGAGGUAAGACACUAACCAGCACACUUGACAGAGAUGAUUACUAAUGCUCACAGGAAGUCUGAGAACAGUUUCCACUUUGCAGAGAAGUUCGCUAGCUCCACUGAGGUCACAGAGUAAAGAGUGGGAGGCAAGGCUGGAUAGGGGUUGAGUUGGUGGGCUUAUAUCUCAGGCCCCUGGGUUUAGUUAUCAUCUGCCAUUUAUUCUCUGUGUGGCCUUUGGUAAGUUAGUUAGCCUCUCUGUGCUUUGGUUUCCUUGCAUACAAUGUGGGGCUUCAUAGGUUAUUAUGAGGCUUAAAUGAGUUAACACAGAUUAAACAUUUGCUACCAUGAAUGCCCAGUAAAUGUUACCUGCAAAAAGUAACAGAGCCAGAAUUUUAUUCCAAGUCUCUAUGACAUCAAAAACUACACUUUCCCACUACUAGGAGUGCAGCCAUCUCCCAGCUCCCCGCCCCUACUGAGUAGCUGUGUGAAGCCAUCUUCCAUCCUCAUCUCCAGUUGAGCUGGCUGGCAGAGACCGACUGCACCUGCCAAGCCCCGCCCAAGAUGCAGAAUGGUCCUGGCUCACGCCAGUCCUUCCAUGCUGUCCUCAAGCCCUGCUUCCUGCACAUCUCCCAACCCCGAUGGGGAGAACUUGAGUAAGAAGGUCCACUGGACUUCUGGGAGGAGGAGGAUGUCAUCCACAGACUCAGAGUCAAAGUCCUACGCCGACCCCUCCAAAGUGUCCAGGUCCCGGAGACCCAGCCGGCUGACGGUGAAGUAUGACCGGGGGCAGCUCCAGCGCUGGCUGGAGAUGGAGCAGUGGGUGGACUCGAAAGUUCAGGAGCUCUUCCAGGAUCAACCCACUCCUUCUGAACCUGAGAUUGACCUGGAGGCUCUCUUGGAACUAUCCACAGAGGAACAGAAGACUCACUUGGAGGCUAUUCUCCGAAACUGCCCCCGCCCCACAGAGCCUUUUAUCUCUGAGCUGCUCAGUGAACUCAAGAAAUUCCGGAGACUCAGUCGGCCUCAGAAAUAAGCCUUGUGAGACUACCUUCAGCAGCCUCAGCAUGCCAAGCUGUCCCUGAACCUUUGAAUCCUGGGCUGAGAGGACACAGGUGAUAGCCCUGUUGGACAGGCAAGGAACGUGGAAGAUGAG